CUCCCACCGGUCUCAAGUAAAAGCCUGUUUGAGUUACACAUAAAGUGCCUCCGCCUGCCCAAAUCGCCGCUCCCGAACACAACCUCUGAGGUGCCCGCCGUUGGGGCGUCCGCGAACUCCUCCACAGCUACAGAAUCAGCCAAGACAGCCGUUUCUUCCGGGUCGAAGGCGGCGGCUAGAUCGUCAGUUGGUACAGACAGAAUGCCCCUUCCAGACACGGGCAGACUCAACCUGCACGCCUGCUGUCCUCCCGGCAGCUGGAUACCUCCAGCCGGCUGUACCUCGCGUUGCCGGAUUCGAUUGCUCAUCUGCCUGCAACCGGUCAGCUCUGCUGGGCACCCGACCGGCUCUGGAGCUGGGCAGACAGUUGAUGCAAUAGCGAAGUUCACAAAGACUGGACUCGAAUCAUGGAACAACGUCGAGCCCAACUGCCGAAAUCACGAGGCUGGUGGUGGCGUCAGUCACGGAAGUCUUGAUGAGAAUAGUGGAGUUUCCGGUGUGCUAACUGAGGUCGUCUACCCGGAACAGGAGAGAGGACCGGAGAGGCAAGAUUACCAAUUGGCCAUCAAUGACUAUUGGCAGGCGGGUCACAAAGAUGGAGUUAGAGUGGAGAUGGGACAAGACAAUAUUGAUAAAGGAGGAGAAGAUAUAACAGCACUUGGAGAGUAA